AUGACAUAUUGCGCCUUCGUCAAGGAUGACUUCCACGGCGACUCCGCAGUUCUCAUCCUCACAUCCCCAGAGACGGCAGCCGGAGAUCUCGGUUUGAUCGACGACUUCGAUCCACGGUGGCUCAGCCCGGGUUCUUCUUCUCUGCCGCCGCGGAUCCCGCCCUACGAGGUCCGGAAGAUACCCGGGAAAGAGCUGGGGGUCGUGGCCAACUCGACGAUUCGCGCCGGAGAGGUCAUCAUGCGUGACUAUCCGACCAUCUUGCAGUCCGUGGCCACGGAAGUGUGGGAGCAGAUCGACCCGAGAGAGGCGCUGUGGGUUCUCGAGGAGGGCUUUGUGCGGCUGCCGAGGGAGGUUCAGAUCAGAGUCUUUGAGCUCGCGAGGAGUACGGGCGGGCAUGUGCUCGAGGAUGUUCUUCACACAAACACCUUUGCGGCCUCAUUCAACAAUGUCAGCCACUAUGGGUUAUUCACAAACAUCGCGAGAAUCAACCACGAUUGUCGGCCAAACGCGGUGACUCGGUACUCUCCACGAACGCUCGCCUUGGAGGUAGUAGCGUACCGUGAUAUUCAGCCAGGAGAAGAGCUGAGUAUCAGUUACUCACCGCUCAACAUGCUCUACGCAGACCGUCAGCGGACCCUGCAGGAGUGGGGAUUCAACUGCACAUGUUCGCUCUGCAGCUCCGCCUCCGCCGUGGCCGCCUCCGACGCCCGCCGCGGACGGAUGCAGGAGAUCGUGUCGGCGCUCAACAACAAAGUCUUCCGCUCAUCGCCGGCGCGCAUGGCGGAGCUUGCGGAGGAACUGGACGGCAUUUUGAAGGAAGAGGGGCUGUCGGCGCAGAAGGGCGACUUUUACGACAUACUCGCGCGGGCUUAUGUAGACAUGGGCGAGGUCGAAACGGGCAGGAGGUAUGCGCGGUUGGCGGUGGAGAAGCUGGUGCACUUUGCGGGGUACGACGACGAGAGGACGGAGAGGGCGAGGGGGCUUUUGGGGGAGUUGGGGAAAGUUGGGGGAGCGUAG